AUGGUGCUCACCCGCUCUCAAGCACACAGGAUCCACUCUGCUCCUCAGAAAGCCUCAGGACGCUGUCAGCAGCAGAAAUCUAUACUGGACUUUUAUGGGACAGGUAACAACUUGCCAACCAGGAAUGAAACUGCAAACACAAGGCGCCAGGGCAUAAAUCAGCUCCUGCCAGAUCGACAUGUGAGCUCCUUCAACAGUUCUGACAGCUCUGGUUUCAGUAUGACUCACCAUACUGUGGGGGACGGAUUUGAUGCUGCCACUGCUGAUGAGAUGAUUAUUUGGUUCAUGGACCCAGCUCUUUAUGGUGACGUUUUCAAUGGCCCUGUGCAAGAUCAACACCCACAGGCUAAAACUAUGCCAGCUGGAGGCAAAGAGGCCCCUGCCACAGCAAACAGGUGA